AUGGGAAGCUCCUCUUCUAAAGACUUAAAGCCUUCAAUAGAAUCGACACUUCACGAAUUUUCAGUCGAAGCUCUUUCAAAGUCCAAUCUUCCAGCACUUAUCGACUCUUUUCUUGAAAAAUCUCAUAUUUCUAUUACAAAAGAUCAACUAAUUGCUAUAAGUGAUAACGAACUGCCUCCUGAGUUUUCUCUUCAAGAUCUAUUUUCACUUCAUUCUAAGCUUAGUUCUCUUCCUUCUAAUAAGCUGAAUCUUCAAGCAAUAAAGCUCCAAAUUGAAUAUUAUUUCUCAGACAGCAAUCUCCGCAGAGACAAGUUUUUUCGAGAAUUAAUAGAAAAAUCUGUUGAAGGCUAUAUCCAAAUUUCAGAUCUUUUGAAAUGCAAAAGAUUGAUACAAUUAAAUGCAAAUGAUCAACUAAUUAGAGAAGCAGCAGAAUGCUCCAGUGAAUUAGAAAUUUCACCUGAUGGGUCAGGAGUUCGGAGAAAUGGAAAUAGAAAAAUCCCCAAAAAAAUUAUCAAAGCAACAAAAAAUAGAGAAAUAAUAGAACCUUCGCCAAUUAUUUUGUCUGUUGAAGUGCUUGAAGAAUCUAAAGGGUCGUGAAAACAGCUGAGAGAUUCUUUUAAACAAAAACACAAAGAUAUAGAAGUAAUUUAUUGUCGAUUUUCAGGGAAAGAAGGAAAUAUAGGAAUAAAUGGAAGCACUAGUGAAGAGGAAAUAGGGAAAAUUCUAUAUGAAGAUCUUGAAUUUGAAGGCCAAUCUGCAAGAAUCUGAAAGUUAGAGGGAGACUCACUGCUGGAUUUCUGAAAAUUACAUGGCUCUCAUUUUGAUCUUUGCAAUAACCAGUCAAAAAACAUUAAGAAAAGCAAAGCAAUAAAUAUUGGGGGGCGAUUUUUUUAUAGCACUGAAAAGCUAAAGGAAUUUUUAAAAGAGCUGCUUGAAAGGACUCCAGAAGGGCAAAAUAUAGAUCCUCAAUAUCAUAAUUUUCUGCAUGCUUUGCUUAGACAUCAUCCUUCUUACGAAAGCAAGUCUAUAGGGCUAAAAACCUUUUCUACUGGGAUGUCAGAAAUCGUUAAUAGCAAAUCAUUUUUUAUUGUAAAAGAAGAUGGAAGUCAGCAAGAAUUCAAUAUUUCGAAGUGCCUUUCUAGCUUAAAUUAA